AUGCGAACUUAUGGAUAUAAAGGAUAUUUCAACUUGUUAGGUUUUGAAAAUGACUUCGAAAUCGACAUCAAUUAUGAAUAUAUUGAUGAAUAUCCCAGAUCAUUGGAAUUAGGCCGUGAAAUGGUCAAUUUCCUACGAAUGAAAAUUACUCUGUUGUUACUCGUUGUUGUUGUAAUGAUGAUGGGUCUAGAAGUCCACUUAGCAUAUAACCCCUACAGGGUUGACGUUCGUAUAAGAAGAGGUUGGUUAUGGGGUAAGAGAGAUGUGAGAAAUGCUGAUUUUGAUGCUGCCUAUAAUGCUGCUGCUGAAGAUGGUGUUUUUACUGACGAUGAGAUAAAAUCAGUUUUUGGUGUUGAUGUGGACGAGUUCAAAGCAGCAUAUGAUGUGAACGAUGAUGGGGUGGUAAAAGUAUUAGAGUACGAGUUGGUUAACAAAGUUAACCAAGAUGAAUAA